AUGGGCCACCAAACGGAAAACCUUCUUCAGUUGGCCAUCGAUUCAUUGUCAAAUAUUGUUGUGGCAUCCUCAACUUCAGUUGAUUCUUCCGACUUCAUUGUCAAGUCGUCUGAUGUUGCUAAUGGUUUCAUUAAGAAUGAAUUGAAAUUUGCUGCAGUGGAAGAGAAACCAAUCCAGCACAAUUCGCAUGUUAUCAGUAUUUAUGCUGGACGAUACAGCAUCAAUUAUAAGCCAAAGUUGACCAUUGGCCAAGCAUCAUUUGACCUACCAGAAGGACUGACAAAGUUGGUUGACCCCAAUUCAGACCUUGAUGGUGAUGAUUCUGAAUUGGGUGGACGCCAGAAAUGUUACCAGGCACAGAUGACAACUUUCCAUAAGCGACCAUUUUCUUUGGGGAGCAUGGAAACCAAUAAGGUCCAGUCUCAAGUCACGUCUCUUAAGCUUUACAGAUGUGAUGGAAAUGUGAUCAUUGUUGACCAUCUACCAAAAGAAGAUCUCAUCACAAUUGGAAUUCCUCUUGAAGUCGACAUGGAUGACACCAUUGGUAACCACACUCUCCACCGGACACACAUGAACAUUCAUCAAUUUAAUGUUUCCAAACUAAAUAAGGACCAAUCCUUUCAUAUACUGGUCAAUUUGACACCAGUCUACAGUGGCCAGUUGUUUCCCAUCACUAUCUCUAUCAGUGACCACCGUCCAGAAAAAACCAGCAAGUACAUUUAUUCUGAAAAGUUUGAUCCGCAACAGAAUGAAGUGAAAAUAUUUUUACCAUCUGGAGAACUCAAAAAUGGUACUUACUAUCUGAGCACUGUUGAUGCCACAUACAAUGAGGGUCGCCCCAGACCAGGUGUGGUCACUCACAGGAACUACACGCUCAGACUCUGGUGGGGCCAAUGUCUUUUCUGGAAUAAGACUGAUUCCAAAUGGUCAGACAGUGGCUGCACUGAUACAAGUGAAUCAACACCUGAGUGGACCCAGUGCAAGUGCAACCAUCUCACAAGCUUUGGUAGUCAUUUUAAACCAAUCAUUACCGAGUUAAGCACAAUUGAUGUGGAACAUUUCAUUGACUUACCAGUAAACCUCUUUCCACCACUGGUCUGUUUGUUCCUCACACUGCUUUAUGGUGUUCUUUUGUAUUGUUGCAAGAAGAGUGACUUGCAUGAUGCCAAAAAAUCUGGUAUUGUCUAUUUGCAAGACAACUUACCAACAGAUCGACAGAAAUAUGAGAUUGUAGUUGAAACUGGAUUCCGUAAAGGAGCAGGCACAACAGCUAAAAUCAGUAUCAUCCUUCAUGGAGAGUACGGCAUCUCAGAGACAAGGGAACUGAUCUCCGAUGAAGAAAAACCCUUAUUUGAGAGAAACUCCCGAGACAGAUUUGUUCUCACCUUGCCAGACAGCAUUGGCAAAUUACUCAAACUUCAGCUGUGGCAUAACAAUUCUGGAUCUUCACCUUGUUGGUACCUGAGUAGAGUGAUCAUCACAGAUGUUAAUUUGGUGUUUCAUCUUUCUUUUUAUUCCUUGUAUUUUCUUUUUCUCUUAUUUUCUUUUUGUCUUAUUUUCUUUUUGUCUUAUUUUCUUUUUCUCUUCUUUUCUUUUUCUCUUCUUUUCUUUUUCUCUUAUUUUCUUUUUCUCUUAUUUUCUUUUUCUCUUAUUUUCUUUUUCUCUUAUUUUCUUUUUCUCUUAUUUUCUUUUUCUCUUAUUUUCUUUUUCUCUUAUUUUCUUUUGAACUUCUUUUUUCUUAUUACUUUGUUUUUAUUCUUGAUUUUUUUUCUUUUACUGUUUUCUCUUUCUCUUUAUUGUUUUGUGGUUUCUUUUUUUCUGGAAAAGAAAAUGAAAAAUGAUUACAUUUUCUUUUUCUCUUAUUCAUUUUUUCUAUUUGUCUAUAUCUCUGAGAUGAGUAUUGUUCUUGUAUUUUGGCUGAUUUCUUUUUUUUCUAUUUCUUCUUUUUUUUUUCUAUUUCUUCUUUUUUCUCUCUUCUUUUUCUCUUUCUUUCUUUCUUUUUCUCCUUUUUCUUUUUCUCCUUUUCUUUUUCUCCUUUUCUUUUUCUCCUUUUCUUUUCUCCUUUUUCUAUUUCUCCUUUUUCUAUUUCUCUUUUUCUAUUUCUCUUUUUCUAUUUCUCUUUUUCUAUUUCUCUUUUUCUAUUUCUCUUUUUCUAUUUCUCUUUUUCCUCUUUUUUCUUUUUCUCUUUUUUCUUUUCUUUUUCUCUUUUUUUUCUUUUUUCUUUUUUCUCUUUUUUCUUUUUUCUUUUUCUUUUUCUUUUUCUCUUUUUUUUUUCUUUUCUUUUUUUUUUUUUUUUUCUCUUUCUCUUUUUUUUUCUUUUUUCUCUUUUCUUUUUUUUUUUCUUUUUCUUUUUCUUUUCUCUUUCUUUUUCUCUUUUCUCUUUCUUUCUUUUCUUUUUCUCUCUUUUUCUUUUCUCUUUUCUCUUUUCUUUUCUCUCUUUUCUUUUCUCUCUUUUUUCUCUUUCUUUUUUCUUUUCUUUCUUUUUUCUUUUCUUUUCUUUUUCUUUUCUUUUCUCUUCUUUUUUCUUUUUCUUUUCUUUUCUUUUUUUCUCUUUUUUUUUUUCUCUCUUUUCUUUUUCUUUUUUCUUUUUUCUUUUUUUUUUUUUUCUUUUCUCUUUUUCUUUUCUCUUUUUCUUUUUUCUUUUUUUUUUUUUUCUCUUUUUCUUUUUCUUUUUUCUUUUUUUUUCUUUUUUUUUCUCUUUUUCUCUUUUUCUUUUUUUUUCUUUUUUUUUCUUUUUCUCUUUUUCUUUUUUCUUUUUUCUCUCUUUUCUUUUUCUUUUUUCUUUUCUUUUCUCUCUCUUUCCUCUUUUCUCUCCUCUUUUUCUUUUCUUUUCUUUUCUUUCUCUUUUCUCUUUCUUCCUUUUCUUUUUCUUUUCUCUUUUCUUUUCUUUUCUCUUUUUCUCUUUCUUUUUCUUUUUCUCUUUCUCUCUUUUUCUUUUCCUUUUCUCUCUUUUUCUUUUUUCUUUUUUCUUUUUCUUUUUCUUUUUCCUUUUUUUUUUUUUUUUUCUUUUUUCUUUUUUUUUCUUUUUCUUUUUUUCUUCUUCUUUUUCUCUUUCCUCUCUUUUUCUUUUUUUUUCUUUUUCUUUCUCUUUUUUCUUCCUCUUUUUCUUUUCUCUUUUUUUUUCUUUUCUCUUUUUCUUUUUCUUUUUCUUUUCUCUUUUCUUUUUUUCUUUUCUUUUCUCUUUUUCUUUUCUCUUUUUGUCUUUUCUCUUUUUUCUUUUCUCUUUUCUUUUUUCUUUUUUUUUUUUUCUUUUCUUUUUCUUUUUCUUUUCCUCUUUUCUUUCUCUUUUUUCUUUUCUCUUUUUUUUUUUCUCUUUUUCCUCUUUUUUCUUCCUCUCUUUCCUCUUUCUUCUCUUUUCCUCUUUCUUCUCUUUUUCUCUUUCUUCUCUUUUUCUCUUUCUUCUCUUUUUCUCUUUCUUCUCUUUCUUCUCUUUUCUCUUUCUUCUCUUUUUCUCUUUCUUUUCUUUUCUUUUUCUUUUUCUCUUUUCUUUUCUUUUCUUUCUUCUCUCUUCUCUUUGCUAUUUCUUUUCCCUUUUUUAGCCAGACUUAUUAUUUCAUCAGUGAGAGAUGGUUCUCAGUCAGAGAAGAUGAUGGCCGAGUUGAGAGAGAACUUUGGGCAGCAGAUAAUAAGAUUGGAUUUGAGACGAUUCUUUGGGCAAAAGGUGCACAAUAUAUUGCUGAUUAUCACCUUUGGUCAUCUGUAUUCACAAAACCACCCCACAGUCGAUUCACACGCGUCCAGAGGCUGACUGUUUGCUUGUCUUUACUUUGUAUUUACAUGUGUCUAAAUGCCACUUGGUAUCAUGUGGCUACAAAAGAGUACCGUGGAGAAUUUGGCUUACUGGAUGUUUCCUGGCAGUCCAUCGCAGUUGGAAUCCUCUCUUGCCUUGCAACAAUUCCUCUCAAUUGUUUCCUGGUUUUCCUUUUCAGAAGACGUUUGAUUCCCUAUCCUGGCACUGAGGAAGAUGAAAACUACGAAGAUGGCAAAUCUGAAGACCCCGAACUGUCGCACACAACACACAUUGAACCAGUGAUGAUUUAUUCCCCAACACCAACAAUUUUGACUUUGCAAAGUCUGCAGGAAUGGGCAAGCCGUAAGUGGAAAAAACAACAACGUGAGCCAUUGACGAUUUCCUCAGAUUCUCCUUUGCCACAAUCUGAAAAUAGUAGUAAGCCUCCAACUCCGACAUUAAGAGAACCAGCCACUCAGGAAAAAAAUGAAACUGAAGAAGCUGACCAGGUUUCGAGUGGCUUUGAAGACUUCAACAGUCAGUAUCAUCGUUCACAGCUGUCAUCUGAUUUGCUGAAUAUGAAAAAUAAAAUGGAACUGGAAUCGGGUCAAUUAAGUGAACAGUUCAACUCAAAUAUGGGAUCACAGGAAGCCAAACUGUUGCAGAAGUUGAAACCCGGUGCUUGUAGCGUGCGUGAAUGUAAACGCAUCUUUUUACCAUCUUGGUGCAGUUGUCUUGCUUGGUGCCUUUGCAUUCUGAUUUGUCUAGGCACUGCAAGUCUUACCAUUUUCUUCGGUAUUCGGUUUGGUUAUACUAAAUGCAUCAUGUGGUUGCAAUCAUUCUACUUCAGUAUCAUGACCUGUGCCUUUCUUACUCAUCCACUUUCUAUUCUCAUUAUCACGGCCAUUAAUGCUUACCGUUACCGUAUGAAUCCCGCCAUAUUUGAUCACUAUGAUGAUGGCUACUAUGGUGAAAAACCAGAAUACAGACAAAAGAAACAAUCAAUCUGUUGUGAGGAAUGCAAGGGGUUUGCCGCCCGGCAAAGAUCACGUCACCUAAGAUUUUCCAGACCUCCGCACCGGAAGCAAUUGCGAGAUUCCAGCAAAAAGUCCAUCCAAGAGAAAAAAUCUUUCUCAUUCUUCAGAAACAGUACCAUGCUAGGUCUGAUGGUUGCCAUGUUGUGUAUCAUGGCGUUUGGUAAAGGGUCAUAUUCUUCAUUCAGGCUCAAUGAUGGUCUCAAGACAACACUUUUAAGAUCUGGAAGAGAACCCUUUCUUAGAAUUAAUUCUCUUCAAUCAUGGUGGAGCUGGGUACAGAAUUCCUUCUUGGAUCACAUGUAUGGAGAAACUGCUUACUACAAACAGCCACAAAAUAUGGAGGUGAAUUAUGUUGCUGGUAGCAGCAGUUAUCUGAUAGGUAAGGUACAUAUCCGCUCUGUCAGACAGCUCACAAAGAAAUGUCAAAUGUCUGAAUAUGGAUGGCCUCAACUUUGUCCAAAUUACAAUCACACGCUGGAUGCCUGGACCGUGAAUAACAAAACAAAAGAAGAGACCAAUAUCGUCAAGUUACCUCAUAACCGGUCAAAGGCUGCUGUCAAAUUGAUGAAGAUCAAAGAACAGAAUUUGAUAAAUGAAAACAUUGAACAAGUCAUCAUUGAAUUCACCCUCUACAACCCACCAACUAAUCUUUUCAGUUCAGUCUCUUUAAGGUUGAACCUCUUAGGAACUGGCUCUGCCAUCCCCGAUGCUCAUAUUUCAUGCACCCAUCUUUUCCGUUAUAUUACUCCAUGGGACAAAUUCAUUCUUGCUUGUGAGCUUCUUUUUCUUGUGUUGAUGCUAUUCAGCUUGAAGAAUGUCUUUGUCGACACAAUUCACUACAACAAAAAACUUUUCAAGCACGCAUGGAAAGUCUUGGAUAUGUCCAUCUGCCUCGCUUCCAUCAUAUAUAUAGUGUGCUAUGUCUAUAGAUUUGUCUUGGUAUCAGAAGUGAUUGAAAAUCUCCGAAGUACAUUCUAUCAGGAAUUUGUGGACAUUUCAUUUGUUACAUUUUGGGAUGAGAUCUUGAAAUCCCAGUUGGGGCUUGUUCUUUGUUUGUCCAUUUUCAAAUUCCUCUCCUUAUCCCGCUACAAGACUUUAUUUGCCAUGCUAGAAAAUGUCUACAAAAGAGCUACCACUGAAAUUAUCAUUUUUGCGGUUUUCCUGCUGGGUGUCAUCACAGCUUACACUAGCCUUGGUUACCUGGCAUUUGGUUUUUUAGUUGGUAGCUUCAACAACUUCUGGACAGGUUUUGUUUCCAUGGCAGCAUUACUUACAAGGAACAUUGAAUUUUCUGAGGUUUACUCAGAUAAGAGUUUGCCAGGAAAGCUCUUCAUUGUUGCUUACCUUAUUACUGGCGCCGGACUUUUCUCAGCUUACAUCUUGGCCAUUCUAUCCUCCAACCAUACAUGUUACAAGCAGAAGAGAAUUGGUGCCUUGAGUCUACGAGAAUCUCUGAUCUUUGUCUGGCAGAAACUGCUCACCUGGACUGGGUGGAAAAGUGAGACUUUCCCAGCAACCGGAGACCCCAGUCUACCAGCUGAAUUCACUCUAGCUGAGAUUGAAUACCAAGUUGAUGAACUGCUAUUUCAUAUGAAUGCCUUGCUUGGUCUGUCUGGAAUGCCAGAGAAACCACUCUACUAUCUCACAGAUUCAGAUACCUCUUCAGAUGACCGUGUAGGAGAUGAUGGGAUAUCAAGUGGUGGCUCAGAGAUGCGGGGUGAAUUACACUCUGAUGAUCGACUGGAAAUGAGGGUGCAGAAAAUUGAAGAGAAUCUUUGUUCUAAAGAGCCAUAUUUGGCGCCUUUGAUUAAGGGACAAACUCUGGAUUCUGAGAUUUUGACUCCAGAAGAAGAGAAGGAACUUAGAUCUCAUCUGGAGUUGAAGAUCUUCUGCCGACUGCAAAUGCAACGCCAGGUACAUUCAGGGCCAUGUCCUUACCUCGAUGACCUAGGUAUUGAUUCUGCAGCCACAUCAACUUCAGGCAGUCCCAGUGUUGACAGGUCUCCUUCUUCUGUGUCCAACAGUAGUCAUAGGCAAACGCAUGCGGAUUAUCCUAAUCUGAAUGAUAUAGAAAAUCAGUUGGAUAAUCCAAAACCUAUGGGACCUGCAAGCCCGCUGCAGGCAAAUGUUGGUUAUGGAUUAGAUUUGCCCAUCAUGUCUGCAGGCAAGAUGAAGCUACCUGUGCCUCUGUCUAUUGAUCGGUCCAAACCCUCUCCUGUGGCAAUGAAAUCAAGGAUAGAACCAACUGAGAAGACUUCUCAGAAGACAUCAGAACUUCCGCCAAAGCCGACCUAUAAGUGUGCCAAAGUAAAAGAACCGAAAAUGUUGCCCAACUAUAACCUGACAUCUGUGUCUGGAAUCCGUCUCUUGCGUCACUCAGGUGACUCAAAGAAGGGCCUAAGACGGGAUAAUUUAGAGUCUAGUUCUGGAUCGGAACUCGAUGCUGUCUCCCAUGGCCGACGUCUACCUGGUAAACGCAACCUGCGCAAGACAAAAUCUCGUGGGAAGGGGAAGGGCGGCACUGCCAGUUUGGUCCCUGCAGGAAUUUUUGAACAGCUAAAUCUUGAGAUGUCUGCCACUGAUGAUGAGAUUUCUAAUACAAAUGGGCAAUCAAAAACAGUAGACAACAGUAUUCAGGAACUGGAAGAUGUCACAGUAGCUCUGAUGAGAUCAAGUCCCCCAACGGUGCUGCCAGGCCAACCAAAAGAACCCACAAUUCUAGAGGAUGAUCCCUGA